AUGGUGGAUUACUAUGAAGUUCUGGGCGUGCAGAGACACGCCUCACCUGAGGACAUUAAAAAGGCGUAUCGGAAACAGGCACUUAAAUGGCAUCCGGACAAAAAUCCUGAAAAUAAAGAAGAAGCAGAGCGGAAAUUCAAACAAGUUGCUGAGGCAUAUGAGGUGUUAUCGGACGCAAAAAAGCGGGACAUCUAUGACAAAUACAGCAAAGAAGGAUUAAAUGGUGGAGGAGGAGGUGGAAGUCAUUUCAACAGUCCGUUUGAGUUUGGCUUCACAUUCCGGAAUCCAGAUGAUGUCUUCAGGGAAUUUUUUGGUGGAAGGGACCCAUUUUCAUUUGACUUCUUUGAAGACCCAUUUGAUGACUUUUUUGGGAGCCGAAGGGCUUCCCGAGGAAAUAGAAGCCGAGGUACAGGCUCGUUUUUCUCUGCCUUCAGUGGAUUUCCUUCUUUUGGAGGACACGGGGGUCUCACUUCAUUCUCUUCAGCAUCAUUUGGUGGCAGCGGAAUGGGCAACUUCAAAUCAAUAUCAACUUCUACCAAGAUAGUUAAUGGCAAAAAAAUCACUACAAAGAGAAUUGUGGAGAAUGGUCAAGAAAGAGUAGAAGUUGAAGAAGACGGGCAGUUAAAGUCCUUGACAAUAAAUGGGCUCAAGGAAGGUGGCAAGAGGAAGAAGCAGAAGCAGAAAGAGGACUCGAAGAAGAAGAAGUCGACCAAAGGGAACCACUAG